GAUAUUUGUUAUGAAAUGUUCAUGUUUCCACUUUAUUUUGUUUCAGAAGUCACCAUCAAGAAUGAAGCUGCUGCUUGUUGGAGUGAUGGCCAUGCUUAGCAUGGCUAUGAUAGUCUCUGCAAACUAUAAGAUGCCAUUUUAUGGUCAACCAUAUAUGGGUGGUGUUGGUGUCGGCGGCGGUUUUGGAAUCGGCGGCGGUGGGGGACAGGGUUUUGGUGGUCUUUUUGAAAUGAUCAUUUUCUUGUUUGUAUUCAUCCUGAUCAUCCAAGUCUUGUUUGGUGCUAGUGGUGGUCUUGGCGGCGGAAUUGGCAAAGGCGGUGGUGGCGGCGGCGGCCGCGGCGGCGAUUAUUACUAAAUACCACGGCGCUUGGAUGCAGCACAUUGCAGCGGAACCUAUGGACAAACAAACACGAACUGAUACCGACUAAUGAGAUUGCUACAACAGCAGGAUUACUGGCAGUUGUUUUAAUGACUGUUUGUGUCUUAAUAUUGUUGUACUUUUCUUUUUAAUAAAUCUUAACUUUCAGCAGCAAAA